UCUACUGAGCUGCUUUGACUGUAUUUGGGGAGUCAGGGAGCGCGGGCUGUGGUUACCCAGAAUCCCUCUGACGUGUUGUGUCGUGUCUGCUGCAGACUGCCAGCCCGAGGAGGUCUCUGAUUGGUCGUCGGAUGAAAACUGUCUCUUCUGCUGCUUAAGACGAGAGAAAGUGAAGGACCAGAGUGAGAGUGGCAGCGAGGGGUUCUGGGAGCAGGAGAACAAACCGGACCAGGCCAAGAUCCACCGUCUGGAGAGGCAGGCUCAAGACUUCCUCAAUGCUGUGUUCCAUAGAAAGGACCUCCCCAGCUUCUCUGACCCUCACAUACCUCUAGUGGCUCGUGAGAUCAUGCAGCGAAUGAUCCGCCAGUUCGCUGCUGAAUAUACCUCAAAAACAAGCUCAACUCAGGACAACGCCCCCACGCGUUACCCCCCGCCCCCCCCAGGCCUCCCGGGGGCCCCGGGCCCCCAGCCCAACGGAAUCAAGGACCAAAGCCUGUCGACGGCCGCAUCGCUCACCCCAGUCCCCGCCGACCCCCCCUCCCCUGCCCCGGGUACGGGGCUAAGCCCCUCCCACGCCGCACCCGCCACCGGGAACGGAGCCGGCGAGACGGUGAGCGGGGCCUCCUCUCAGAACCCCGCCUCCUCUCAGAACCCCGUUCUCAGCAAGCUGCUCAUGGCCGACCAGGACUCCCCCCUGGACCUCACCGUGAGGAGAGCGGAAGACGAGCCGCGACAGCAGGAUGGAGUCCUGGAUCUCUCCACCAAGAAGAGCCACUUCAUGGCCGCUGGCCUCCUCAAGAUCUCUCACAGCUCCUCCUCGCCCACAAUCAAGGGGCGCUCUCUGAGAGUCGACCACACCUACCGGGACAUGGAAGAGGAAAACGGUUUGCCGCCGAGAAGCUUGCAGGACGCCAGCCCCGCCUCCCUCAAGCCGCCAUUGGCCCGUUCGCUGCUCAUCAAGGAGGAGCUUCUGAACCAGAAGCACCGCCUCCUGGCCCAGCCCGCCGCCCUCUCAUUGGCUAGUUUGGAAUCGGCGGGCUUGCUGAACCACGGCGGGUCCAUGCGCCCCCUGCUGGGCAGGGAGGGUUCCUCCCCCUGGGAGGGCAAAGCCCUCCACCUUGACCGCCUGCUGAAACUGAAGCAAGCUAGCGGUGCUCUUAGUGGGGCCCUUAGCGACCUCAAAGACCUGCCUCAGUUCCUGGACAACCACCACCACCACCACAGAGCCUUUUCCUCCAAGAGCCCUGGCUCGCUGCUCCACCACCACCGCCACAACCACCACCACCCCCACGCAGCCUCCGCCAAGGCCCACCACGGGGCUGCCGGCGCCGGGGAGGCCAAGAGGGAUCUGGGCCACCAUUCCCCGCCGGUGGACCUGAAGAUCCCACAGGUGCGGGGCAUGGACCUGUCCUGGGACUCCCACGCGUCCGACCUGUACGGCUACGGCUCCAUGGUGCUGGGAGGUGGGAGCGGAGGGGAGAGCGCUCUGAGCCGGAAGCUGAGAGCCAUCCUGCCCAAGCAGGGGCGCAGGGGAGUGGUCGGGGGGUUAGGGGGGCUGCUGGACGGGACCGCCGACUACUGGAGCUCCGACAUCGACCAGCAGACGUCCGGGCCUCCGUACCCGACCUCUGACCCCGAGGGCGACCCGGGGUCCAAGCAGCCGAGGAAGAAGAGGGGGCGGUACCGCCAGUACAACAGCGAGAUCCUCGAGGAGGCCAUCGCCGUGGUGAUGGGCGGGAAGAUGAGUGUGUCGAAGGCGCAGAACAUCUACGGGAUCCCUCACAGCACCCUGGAGUACAAGGUGAAGGAACGCAUGGGAACCCUGAAGAACCCCCCGAAGAAGAAGCUGAAGCUGAUGAUGAGGAUGGAAGGCCAGGAUUCCGCGGCGGAGUCGGAGAACACGCCCACGGCAACCCCGCGCGACGACGAACCUCCAAUGGGCUCCGGCGAACUCCAGGACGAGUAAACACGACAACCACCAACAACAACAACAACAAAUUCUGAAGAUUUUUUUUUUUUCGUUUUUUUCUGAAAGUUUCCCAAAUUUUGAUUUUAAAGACAAACUUGGAUAUAAAACCCUGAGAUUAGAUUUCAUGACUAAAUGACUGACAGGGCUUUAUUUGUGCCAAUUUACUUAGCAGUAUCUGGGUGAGCACAAACGCAGGGAAAUGAGGAGGAAUUUAAAACAAACUGAAAGAUAGAGAGAGAAAUGAGAAGCUAAAAAUGUAUAAAAAACCCAGAAUCGGCUGGUUUUCUACGGUUGUCUGUUUGACGCUGUAGUAAGCAUUUGUGAAGCUUUCAUAUUGAGCAGAGCUGAAACAAAUGCAUCAAAAGCCAUGAGUUACUUGACAAUUAACAACAUUUUCUAAAGCAUGCUAAUCUACCCUACCCUUAACCCCCCUUGUUUUGGACUUGAUACACUGACCCAUCAUAGCUUCUAAAUGCAGUGUGGGAAGUGGACAAUCCCAAUUUUGGGAAAUCGAGGGGGGUCAAAAACGUACCCUUUGAAACAAACUGAUAAAUUAUGGUUCCUCUAAUCUCUCCUCGAUCUCAUGAAGUAAAAAUUGGUAAGUGAACUGUUUAUAUAUAUGUUUUAAACCCACUCUAAAUCUAAUCAUGUCAUGAAAAACUCUUGUCUGAGAUCAGAAAAAAUCCCGAAUCAUCUCUUCUGACGCUAGGUAGCCGCUACCCGCUUUCAAACGCAAAACUAUCUUUCCCCUUUUGGAUAUCCUGCUACUCACUAAAGAGGACGAAAGCAACAUUAACCCGUUCUUUAUAAAGAAACAAAAAGACACAUGAAAGUCAUUCAGGGAUGCAUGUUUGUGAGUUUCUACUUCUUUAAAAUAACUGAUUUCUUAUUUUUUGGGGGAUACUUUGGAUCAUUUUUCUUUCUUUUCUUCAGUUUUUCGUUUUUCUUUGUUGUUAGAUUUUUUGCUUUCUUUUGCACUACACUCUCGGUCUGGCGCUCACUGGCCCAUCUCCCCACGUGACGGCAGACCCGGUUACCUCGGCCUUGCUGCCCUAGCAUCAUGCACUUACUGUCUGCCUGCAGUCUGACCUCUGACCUCUGCCUCAGACAGAGCAAGCGGACGUCGCCCCCUGAACACACUCAUCUAGGAUCUGAUGUGUCUUAAUACCCUCUCACAGUCAAGGCUAGGACUGCACAGGGAAUCUGAUCCUGGGUCUGUGGUUUUAAGGGCACCUCCUGUACCUCCAGAGGUCUGUCUCCCAUUAUGGAUCAGGAUCCAAGAUGGAUCAACCACUGGGUUUCCCUCCAACCGAUGACCUCAUUUUGUGCUCAACCGACUAUUGGGAUCUCAUGUCCCAUUGACUGAAUGAAGAAAUCCAUUUGAAAAAAUGAAAAAACUGUCAGUGUAGCAGAGGUGGUUUGGAACCCUGCCUCAGGAUCUUACCUGCCCCAACAUCGGUCGCCCUCAAACUUUGAGGAUGUCCCCUCUUGGUCUGAUGGCUUGUGUAUGUUGGUGGGUUUUACCCAAUACCCAGUUGGUCACACUACCCAGGAAUCGUCUGUGUGGGAGACUCUUGCAGCUACAGUUGACGAUUCUUUACCCUUGAUAGGCUGGACUCACUUCAACAUAUGGUUUUGCUUUUCAAAACCCAACUAAGCUAGGAAGUCUUAGUUCGGUGGGAUUGUUAUUUUUCGAUACGGUCCCCUCACCCUCCAACGUUGUUUGACCUCACAGAAUCUAAUAGUGAAGGAAGCUUUUGAUGAAUAUGGGCUU